CGCAUAGAUCUGGGUUCAAGAGGCGAAGUAAUGUCAUGUAGCAGUUAGCUCCCGGAUGGAGCUUCUUUUUCGUUUCUUCCUUCUUCCUUCUGUAUUCUUUUUCUUUUUCUUUUUCUUUUUGAGGGGCACAGCGGGCAUUCAUUUUAAAAUUUGGGGUUCUUCAUCACAUCAAAGAGUUUAUAUCUUCUUCUUCAUCAUCUUUCUUUCUUCCCCCCUUCGUUCCCUGGGGGGGUUUCUGUGUCUCGACCAUUUUUUUUCUUUCUUCUUGUCUUGUAAUCUUUUUCCGAGGGGAGGGGAUUAUGAUUAUCACUGGGUGUGGGGGUGUGCGACUGCACUGCAUAGUAUUGCGUUGUAUUGCGUUGAUCAUGAAGUAGGAUACCACUUUGCAACUUGCCUACUACGUUCUUGUAUUGAUCUUGUAUUGAUCUUGUUGUUUCACGUUUGUUCGUUUGUUCGAUGCAUUGCUGACCCAAAGGUCAAGUACCUUGUGUACUUACCUGGUGCUUACCUGGUACUUACUUAUUAUUAUUGUACGACAGUUUCGAUCGAUUGCUUAAGGGCGAGGUUGAGGAAAGGGGGGGCCUGAGGGUGGUACGGUGAGAUGUGUUAUGUGGUCUACCUACUUGAGAUGUAUGUAUGGAAGAGAUAUUGUGGAUCGAAGCUGGCUGGCUUUGUGUAAAAUUUCG